GUUCCCAAAUGAUAUAUUUUUUUAUUAUUUUAUUUUACCCUCAAUCAUCUCAACGGUAUUUCCAGUUAAUGUUCCCAAUUUAUUUCUCACUGGUGGGAAACAUGACACCCGGAACCUCUGUGGUAAUGUUUGUAUUCACCCGUAAUAUUAUACUCAACCCCCGCUAGUUUGCUCCUGAGGUAUAAAUUAGAUACAAACGAAUGAAAGUGAAAAUCUCCAACUUGAUUUUAUAUAAAUAAACGUCGGAUUUAAGUGAAUUUAAAAUACUUUAACGUAAAAGCAUUUUGUAAUAUAACUGGAUUAUUCGACUUUGAGUCAAAGAGCCCACGACCGUAACAAAAUAAAGAAAGACGGUAAACCUUAUGAUGUCCGUUUACAAUAAGAAGUUUAUUCAAACGUUCCUGUUGGCGUUGUUGAUUGCCACAGUGGCGGGACGAGCAUUUGAACCAAAUACCUCAGGGGAAGGAAAUAUAUAUAAUGACGCUGUUGUCAUUAAGGCUGAGGAAAGUUUGCGGCAAUUAAGUGGACCAACAAUUCACCAUUUCGCAAGACACAAUGUAUGUAAUCAUCGGUUCGGCAAAGUCAGAUUCUUCAAGGCACUGGCAGAUUAUUUCCAGAACAUAUCUGAUAAUAUGAAAAUUGCCUUUGUACUUGACAUUUGUAAACGAAGAGAUCAGAUGCUGACAAAGUGGGUUCAGGAAAUAUUUGACAAAGAUGGUGACGGAUACAUCAGCCAUUUUGAAAUGGAGAUAUAUCGAUGAGCCAAUUGUGUCUUCGUUCGGCAAGAAAACGAAAGACAAGAAGAGCCAAUGCAUAUCUGAAAAGAUAUAUAAUUUCUACAUGUGACAGUAUUUCUGUCCGUGAUAAGUAAGAUAAGUCGUAAAGGACAUACAAGUCUCAUUCGGUACGCUACGAAAUAAAAAUUUGAGACCGGCCAUUUAUCUAAAUGACUCAUUCAAUUAUUCAAAUGUGCUUGUGGUAUGAUUGUUGUUUACCAACACUUACCCUUAUGUAUCCAGCAAUAGGGUUGUAUUUCAUCUGAAAAAUUAUUUUACUGAACGUUAACUGUGUUCCUGUUAUUCAACACUACACACUGUGAUACAUUUUUUUCUGUUUAUAAGUAUUUUUAUCAUUCGUUGGUAAUUUUGUAUCGAUGUGCCAAAUUGUAAUAUCAAAUGCUUGCAGCUUUCAACAAAAAAUGUCUGUUGAUAAUGAAUCGUACAAUGGUGUAAAUAUUCGCUGAUCGAGACAUUUUGAUAACGAAAAUCAUUAAUUGCUUAUUAUUAGUUCAAAGUCAUGCAAUUUUUGGUAUUGUACAAUUUGCAUUUUGCAUGAACUUUACAAGGCCUGUGGUUAUUAUUUAUUUAGCAUAAUGCUAGCGUUAUGUAAAUCUAUUUGAAUUCUUGUAUAUUCCUUUUUCUAUGAUUUGACGUCUGUUAUUAAAUCUGAUUGAGUUUAUUCCAAAUUGUUUGUAUUCAUCCAAUCUGAAUUUAAAACACCAAGUUAAAAACGAAUUACGUAACACGUAUGAUCCUAUUUUUAUGAUUUUACAUCUGUGAU